AAAUCGCCAUUGUUGACCCAAAAAGAAAUAGAAAAUACAAAUCUGUGUUUGAUAGAAAUCUAAAGCGGGAGAGACUAUUCCAAACCCUAGAUCUAACCCCAGCCGUCAGAUUAGAUCAAAUGGGGAGAUCUCUUUUGAACCGUUGGAAUGUUAGGAGACAGCAAUGGUGGAGGUAGAAGAGUCGCAUUUGUGAGGGUAUCCCAGAAGAGUCGUGGUUUAUUCUCAUAUUGAUGGCCAACGAUUUGAUUUUUCUCUAGCUAUUUCUUUUUUGUUAUUUCGGUGGUGAUGUGUGAUUUGGUGGCGCGUACGGGUCGGCUUCAGCAACGGUACGCUGAUGGCUCACGUCUCGUAGCUGGGUGUAUUCCUUUUAGGUAUCUAAAUUCUGAAUCUGGGAAAGUGGUUCAAGUGUUGAUGAUCAGCUCAUCUAGUGGACCUGGACUUUUGUUUCCCAAGGGAGGGUGGGAGAAUGAUGAGACAGUCAGGGAGGCUGCAGUAAGGGAAGCAGUCGAAGAAGCAGGAGUCCGUGGGAUCUUAAUGGAUUUCUUGGGAGAUUAUGAGUUCAAAAGCAAAACACACCAAGAUGAGUUUAGCCCAGAAGGUUUAUGUAAAGCUGCAAUGUACGCCUUGUAUGUGAAGGAAGAGCUAGAGACUUGGCCGGAGCAGAAGACUAGAACGAGGACAUGGCUAACAAUUGAAGAAGCUGUAGGGAGUUGUAGGCAUGCUUGGAUGAAGGAUGCGUUGGUUGAAGGAUUCUGUAAAUGGCAUAAGGAGAAGAUGCGCAAAGGAGAGGCAAUAGCAGAUGAAGAUUGAAGUUUAAAUGUGCAUAAAAACUUUGAAGUUGGUGUCUUCCUUUCGAUUUUGUUGUUACUUCUUUUUUUUCUUAGUCUAUAUGCAUGGAGAAGCUUGUGACUGAGAAACAUAGGAGUUUCAAAUUUUAAAAAGCUCAAUUAUUUUCAUGUUUCAUAGUAGGUUGGCUUCACCAUUUUCAGUAAGAAAAGAAAGACAGCUCAUAACAAUUGUGUUUAGUUUUUCUUGUCAAUUAGAUGACGAUGAUAUGCUCCACUUUGCAGCACAAAUACGAAGAGCAUCGUCGUACCCACUUAUUUGUAAGCUGUUAUGAC